AGUAAAACGGCAAAGCUGUCUCUCUGAUAACAGUUGAGUGUACCCUGCUAAAACCCCAGUUUGAGGCAGGGAAAAAACAAGGAAGAAGAAGAAGAAAAUGGGAUCGAAGGUGAAGAAGAGCGGUGCAGCAGCAACAGAGGAUCUUCUAGAAACCCUAGGUGACUUCACUAGUAAAGAAAAUUGGGACAAGUUCUUCACUAUUCGAGGCACCAACGACCCUUUCGAGUGGUACGCUGAGUGGCCCUACCUCCGAGACCCGCUCCUCUCCCACCUCCCGCCGAAUGUUGACGGCGGCGACGCCGCUCCUCAGCUGCUUAUCCCCGGUUGCGGGAACUCCCGACUCUCCGAGCACCUCUAUGACGCCGGAUACACUGGACUCACCAACAUUGACUUCUCCAAGGUCGUCAUCUCCGACAUGCUCCGCCGCAACGUCCGCCUCCGCCCUCACAUGCGGUGGCGCGUCAUGGACAUGACCAACAUGCAGCUUGAAGACGAAAGUUUUGAUGCAGUUAUUGAUAAAGGUGGAUUAGAUGCUUUGAUGGAGCCAGAGCUUGGCCCUAAGUUGGGAAAUCAGUAUCUCUCAGAGGUAAAGAGAGUUUUGAAACCAGGGGGGAAAUUUUUGUGCCUUACCUUGGCUGAAUCUCAUGUACUUGGUCUACUCUUUUCGAAGUUCCGCCUAGGAUGGAAAAUGAGUGUUGAUUCCAUACCUAUGAAGUCUUCUAAUAAAUCUAGCCUUCAAACAUUCAUAGUUGUUGUGGAGAAAGAGCUGUCUACUUCAGUGCAUCAGAUUACAUCGUUACUUCAGGAUUCAACUCUUCAUUGUAGUUCAAAACAGGCUUCUGGACUCCAUGAAGCUCUAGAAAAUGAAAAUCAACUUCGUGAAAAAUACACCAGUAGCUCUCAUAUAUUAUACUCUCCGGAAGAUCUGCAAGGGGAACUGACAAAGCUUUCCCCAGGUCGACGAUUUCAGCUAACUUUGGGUGGACAAGGGUGCUCUAUUUUUACCUAUCAUGCUGUAGUUCUUGAUGCUGAGGAACACUUUGACUCAUUUACCUAUCACUGUGGGGUUUUCAUUGUGCCUAAGACACGUUCUCGUGAAUGGCUUUUCUUUUCUGAAGAAGGACAGUGGAUGGUGGUCAGAAGCUCAAAAGCAGCUCGUCUCAUAAUGGUUUUGUUGGAUACCAGCCAUAUAAAGGCCAGCAUGGAUGAGAUUCAGAAAGAUUUGUCUCCGUUGGUUAAACAGUUGGCACCUGCAGAAAAUGAGAAUGGAGCUCAAAUACCCUUCAUGAUGGCAAGUGAGGGUAUCAAGGAACGAAGCAUUGUUCAUCAGGUCUCAUCUUCGUUAACUGGAUCAAUUGUUGUUGAAGAUGUAGUUUAUGAAAAUGUUGACAGUGAAGUCAGUAGUAUUUUUCCAUCUAGAGAGUUGGUGUUUCGUCGCCUUGUUUUUGAGAGAGCUGCAAAUCUGGUGCAGUCUGAAGCUCUAUUAAAAGAUGAAAAUUCAUCUACCAAAUUGGUUAGUGAGACAGAGAGGAAGAAAACCAACUCAUCUUCUAAAUCUAGGAAAAGUGGAUCUCGGAGACAGAGUAGUGAAGCAAGGAACCAGUUUGCAGUUUAUCAUGGCUAUGCAGCUAGUUCCUAUCAUACAGGGAUUAUUUCAGGAUUCAUGCUAAUAUCUUCUUAUAUGGAAAGCAUGACAUCAAGUGGAAAAAUGGUUAAAGCAGUAAUAAUAGGUCUUGGAGCAGGUUUACUUCCUAUGUUUCUUCAUGGAUGUAUCCCCUUUUUGGAAAUGGAGGCAGUGGAGUUAGACCCCGCAAUUUUAGAUAUUGCAAAGGACUAUUUCGGUUUUGUAGAGGAUAACCGCCUAAAGGUGCAUGUAGCUGAUGGAAUCCAAUUUGUCAGAGAUUUUGCCAGUUCUGCAGCAGGUCAGAUUCAAGAAAAUGGCACUGAUUCUGAAUGUAUUGAGUCCCCUUCCAAUGGGAGUUCAACGUCUCAUGCAAGUGUAGAGGCAAGGAAAGUGGAUAUAAUUAUUGUUGACGUUGACUCUUCAGACCCAAGCUCUGCAAUGGCAUGCCCUGCUCCAGAUUUUGUUGAGGAGUCUUUUCUAGAGACUGUAAGGGAUAAACUCUCAGAUCAAGGUCUCUUUGUUGUCAAUUUGGUCUCCCGGUCCCAAACGAUAAAAGACAUGGUUCGCUUGAAAAUGAAAAAGGUUUUCGGCCACCUCUUUUGCCUCCAACUUGAUGAGGAUGUCAAUGAGGUCCAUUUUGCGCUCAAAUCAGAAUCAUGUAUUGAGGAUAGUUCCUUUCCCGAAGCUUCUCUUAAACUUGAUAAAUUAUUCAAGUUUAAACAUCCAGAGAUUGGCCAAAACAUCAUUAAUGCGACAAAGAAGAUCAGACGUUUGAAGUGAUGACCAGCAUCCUUUCCAGCUUGUCUCUGAGCAAUGCACUCUGCAAUCUUUAUGGCUGUGAGGGCUUGCUUCGGAAAGGAAACUAUUUUGCCAUGCCAAAAUGAUCAUGUGAGUAAUAUCAAGUCUUUGAUCUUUGGAUUGGGUUGUCUUGUACUCGUCAAUGAGAUACUUGUGUUAGAAGAUGUAUAAAUUGCUUAUAAAAUUACACAACAAUCAGAAUGUAUCAGAAUUUUGAAGUGAUAGAAUGGGGUCAAAGUUGCUGAUUAAUAUGACCUAAGAAUAGAGUCAUUGGUGGGUAAAAAUUCUGUUUUGUUUGACCCCUACUUUGGGCAUCUUCAUAUUU